CCAGAAUAGAUGAAGAUUCAUCACCUAAAGUGGGGGCGGCCAUCUUGCCAUAAUAUAUAUAGACAAUAGUUUGCUGAAGAUGCAUCAUCGUGCUCUCAGCUUGUGCAUCUUCAGUGCACUUUAGCAAAAAAAAAUAUGAGACAAUUUUUAAUCUCCUUGGCCGUCGUCGGCCUCUGCGCUUGCGCACGUCUCGACAAUAUUCAGUACCUUCCACCAUCUCAACGACCAGCUGGAGGCAUUAGGCCAGGAGCUGGAGGAUUUGGCACUGGAGGUGCACCUGGUUUUGGAGGAGGAGCACCCGGAUUUGGAGGAGGAGCCCCAGGAUACAGUGGUGGAGCAGGUGCUCCCGGUUUCGGUGGAGGUGCUCCAGGAUUUGGUGGAGGAGCGGGAGCUCCAGGUUUUGCUGGAGGUAGACCCGCCGGAGGUUUUGGUGGAGGUGCCCCUGGAUUCGGAGGUGGUGCCGGAGGAUACAGCGGAGGUGGUGGAUUUGGAGCAGGUGGUGGUGGUGGUAGACCAGGCGCUGGUUCCGAAAUCCCUAUCAUACGCUACGAGAAUGUUAAUAAUGGAGAUGGUACCUAUCAAUAUUUGUACGAAACAGGAAAUGGAAUUAACGCUCAAGAACAAGGAGAUGCCAGGGGAGAUGGUACUCAAGCCCAAGGUUCAUUCUCCUACACUGCCCCUGAUGGUCAACAGAUCAAUCUUCAAUAUACUGCCGAUCAAAAUGGAUUUAAUCCACAAGGUGCCCAUAUCCCUACCCCACCACCAAUUCCACCAGAAAUCUUGAGAUCUAUUGAACAAAAUUUGGCUGACGAAGCUAGAGGAGUCGUAGAUGAUGGUGCCUACAGACCAGGACCGGAAGAAGGUAGAGGAGGCGCUAGAGGAUACAGCGGCGGAGAAGGUGGAUACAGUGGCGGAACUGGAGGCUAUACCGGAGGUACUGGAGGUUAUACCGGAGGUACUGGAGGGUACAGAGGAGGUGUAGGAGGUAGAGGAACUGGCUUCGGGGGUGGCGCACCCUCAACUUCCUAUGGUACACCAGGUACCAAUGCCUACAGACCUGGAGGUACUGGAGGAUUUAGACCCCAGGGAGGUAUCGGAGGUAUCGGAUCCGGACAAUCAGCUGGAGGUGACGGAUAUAAAUAUUAAAUAAUGCGAAUAAGGAAAACAGUUUGAUUGAAAUAUUUUGCAAAUUAUUUGAGGAAGUCUGAUAUGUUAUAUUGCACUUUCACUACUAUUUGUUUAUAAUUUUUUGCACUUACUAUCAAUUUUCUAUUUUACUAUGAUUUUUUUAAACUUUUGUUAUUAAUAAUUACAUAUCAGUUUUUCUCAAGAUAAUAUUACGGAACUCGCCAGUAGUAUUUAAUAUUAGCAACAAAAAAAUAUUAGUAUUAAUUUGCCAUAAAUAUAAGUUACCAUAUGUGCCGUUUAUUGCACAAAUCCGCUACUGUACCAAUAGUAUUAUUACUUUAUAAAUGUACCUAAGCUGUGUUCUUUCUUAUCUUUGUAUAUAGUUGGUAAACGUGUGUAUGAUAUUUUUUUAUUUUAUGUGACAAUAAAGCUUAAAGCUAUUUUUCAAUAAUGAAAUAGUUUUUUUUCAUUAAUAUGCCUUGACUGUACAGAUAUAUGAACGUUUUUUUGUAACUUAAUAUGUAUUUCUAAAUAACUUAUUUUGUUCACAUAGAUAACAAAACUGUAUAGUAUAAUGAUUUCAAGUACAAGCAUAACUGAUGUUUCUGAAAGAGUAAAAAAGUGAAAACCAAAGAAAUCAGACGGUUCUAAUGAAAUUCAAUCACAUAUACGGUGUCCGCUAAUUAUUAAUACAUGGAAACAAAAUUUAUGCAAAAAAUUUACGAUAUAACUAUGCUUACUUGUAUUUAGGAUAAAGUUUAAAAAUUAUAUUUGUGUUUUUAUGAUAACUUCAAAAAAGAAAAAUAAUAUAAUUAAGGG